UUGAAGAGAAAAGUGAAGGGUGUGAAAAAUUAAAAAAAGAAAGAAAAAAUGAGAAAUGUAGAUUACCAUUCAAAUAAUAAUAAUGUUAGGGAGGCAUUACUGGUGAAGAAGAAGCAAUACCAUGAGGAUUGUCCUGGUUGUAAGGUGGAUCAAGUCAAAGAUAUGAACCAUAGUGUCUCCAUUAAGAAUCUUUUCAUUAUAUGGAUCGUCGUCUUAUGUGCCACGCUGCCAAUAUCAUCUCUGUUUCCGUUUCUUUAUUUCAUGGUAAGGGAUUUUAACAUUGCAGAAACAGAGGCAGAUAUUGGUUCCUAUGCCGGUUAUGUGGGAUCAACAUUCAUGUUGGGCAGAUGUUUGACUUCUGUUAUGUGGGGAAUGAUUUCUGAUCGAUAUGGUCGGAAACCUGUUAUAAUAAUUGGGGUUAUCACAGUUGUGAUUUUCAACACAUUGUUUGGUCUUAGCACAAGUUUUUGGAUGGCAAUUCUCAUGAGAUUUCUUCUUGGAAGUCUAAAUGGUUUGCUUGGACCUGUCAAGGCCUAUGCUACUGAAAUUUUUCGAGAAGAACACCAAUCUCUUGGACUUUCAACUGUGAGUGCAGCUUGGGGCAUAGGUUUAAUCAUUGGUCCAGCGCUGGGAGGUUAUUUGGCUCAGCCAGUAGAAAAGUAUCCAAAUAUAUUUGCAAAAGAUUCCUUUUGGGAUAAGUUUCCAUACGUCUUGCCCUGCUUUGUAAUAUCAGGAUUCGCACUUGUAGUUUCUAUUGUUUGUAUUUGGAUUCCGGAAACACUUCACAACCACAAAGAAAGCAAUGAGUUCAUAGAUGAUGCCGAAGCUAUCGAAAAUGGAAGCAGUGGGAAUAAGAAAGACAAGAAUAUGAUCCAUAAGAAAGAGAACCUUCUCUUGAACUGGCCUUUAAUGUCAUCCAUCAUUGCUUAUUGUGUUUUCUCACUUCAUGAUAUUGCUUAUCAAGAGGUUUUCUCAUUAUGGGCUGUGGCUCCUCCAAAGCUAGGGGGUUUGAACUUUACAACUGAUGUCGUUGGUGAUGUUCUUGCAGUAUCAGGUAUUUCACUCAUCAUCUACCAAAUUUUGCUAUACCCUUCUGUGGAAAGAGCUUGUGGACCUAUUGGCAUUGCUAGGAUCUCAGCGAUUUUAUCCAUUCCACUUUUGCAAAGUUUCUCCUUCAUGACAAUGUUAUCAGGCACAAUACUAUUCUUAGUGAUAUGUGGUGCUUCAAUUCUGAAGAAUCUUCUAGCUGUAACAGUAACAACUGGGUUGUUCCUCAUACAAAACAGAGUAGUGGAACAGCACCAAAGAGGGGCAGCCAAUGGCCUUUCAAUGACUGCUAUGUCUCUAUUCAAAGCAGUUGGUCCUGCUGCUGGUGGUGCAGUAUUAACUUGGUCACAGAAGCGGAUGGAUGCUUCUUUCCUCCCAGGGCCCCAUAUGGUAUUCUUUGCCUUGAACAUAGUUGAAGCAGUUGGAAUAUUGAUGCUGUUCAAACCAUUCCUUGCUGAAAAGAAGAAAACACAGAGAGUUCAGUUAAACUAAUAAGCUAAUCAAUUUUGUCAUAGUGGAAAAUGUGUGAUGCUAGUUGCCACAUUCAUAGCAGUAAUUGAAUCUAUGAGUAGAUAUAGAGCAAAAUCAAAUGAACUUAUGACAAGUGUGGUAAUUAAAAGGAGCGAAUGGUUAA